AUGCCUACAUUGGCGACUACCCUGGAACUCUGCCGUCUUUCUUUAAAGUGCUUGUGUGGGAGACACAGUAGGAUGAAUAUGAACAAACAAAGCGAUAGUAAAUGGAACCACAUAUUCCCCUUUAUAAUGGUGUCUUUGGUGUAUUCAGCUGUAGCAGAGUAUUCCAACUGUGGUGAAAAUGAAUAUUAUAAUCAGACAACUGGGUUGUGCCAUUGCUGUCCAGAGUGUGAGCCAGGGGAAGAGCCAUACAAUGCCUGUGGAUAUGGGACCAAAGAUGAGGACUAUGGUUGCAUCCCUUGUCUUCCUGGCAAGUAUUCUAAAGGUGGCUACCAAAUAUGCAGAAGACAUAAGGACUGUGAGGGAUUUUUCCGGGCUACUGUUUUAACUCCUGGAGAUUCCAAGAAUGAUGCAGAAUGUGGUCCCUGCCUUCCAGGAUACUAUAUGCUGGAGAGCCGUCCUAAAAACAUAUAUGGCAUGGUUUGUCACUCUUGCUCGCUGGCACCUCCAAAUGUCAAGGAAUGUUCCAAGAAGAAAAAAAGAUCACACAAACGUGUAAAGUGUCUU